CGUUACGCGCGGGCGCACUUUGGGGGCCAAGGAAGGAAGAAAUGUGGUCGCGGUUGGUGUGGCUCGGUCUUCGGGCCCCUCUGGGCGUGCGCCAGGGCUUCACCUCCAAGGCCGAUCCUCAGGGCAGUGGCCGGAUCACAGCCGAGGUGAUCGAGCACCUGGAGCGUCUAGCGCUUGUGGACUUCGGCAGCCGCGAGGCAGUGGCGCGACUGGAGAAAGCUAUCGCCUUCGCCGACCGGCUACGCGCCGUGGACACCGACGGGGUGGAGCCCAUGGAGUCGGUCCUGGAGGACAGAUGUCUAUACCUGAGAUCCGACAAUGUGGUAGAAGGCAACUGCGCUGAUGAAUUACUACAAAAUUCCCAUCGCGUUGUGGAGGAGUAUUUUGUGGCCCCCCCAGGUAAUAUCUCUUUGCCAAAGCUGGAUGAAAAAGAGCCAUUCCUACACAGCUGAGUAGCUCAUUCUGGAAAGGGGGUACUCUGUGAACAUGUGGAAGCAUAAUGACAGUAUUUUCUUCCUGUGAACACUAAUGUUCCUGCUUUUUUCAGUCACCUGAAAAAAUGGAUGCUUAAACAUUUCUUAAUAACAGAUUCUUCUGAAGACAGAAUUGAGAAAGAUCUGGCCCCAACAAGGCAAUGAAUUCCUGAUGCUGAGGUGAAAGAAAAGCAAAAGUCAGCUUCCAAGGAAUUCACUUAACAGGCCUGUUCAGUAUGGAAGACUUUAUUUAUCUGCCUUUAACUCCCCCCAAAGGACCAUACCAACUGCAUGAAAGUGAACUUUUCUAUCUACGUAACUGGUAGACAGAGCAUCUUGAUCACUAUGUGACAACCUUGGCUGUCAUUUUUAGUUACCAUUUGCAUUGAUUUGAGCAGCCCUAUCUUUACCGAGCAUACCUGAAUUUGUUCCUGGGCUCCCACUUUCUUCCUAGAAAAGGGCUAACUUCCUACUAAGGUCUGAAGAGUGCUGAAAGUAGACUAGAGCUUGGGAAGUCCUAACCUAGAACUAUCUGCCAUCCCACAAAGUGAUUGAUUAUAUGCCAAAGGGAUAUUAGUCAUACCUAGUGUUUCUCUUUCUGAAAAGAUAACUUAUCCUAAAAUUAGCCCUGGGCCUGGGCCAAAGGAGCCCUCUCCACCCCCAAAAUGAUUAUUAAAUUGAGAUGAGUCCAAGAUAAAGCUCAGAUACCAAGGAUAAAUGAAACUUAUUUAGGGAUAAAAGUGGGCCGGGUGCGGUGGCUCACUCCUGUAAUCCCAGCACUUUGAGAGGCUGAGACGGGCAGAUCACGAGGUCAGGAGAUCGAGACCAUCCUGGCUAAUGCGGUGAAAUCCCAUCUCUACUAAAAAUACAAAAAAUUAGCCAGGCAUAGUGGCGGGCGCCUGUGGUCCCAGCUACUCAGGAGGCUGAGGCAGGAGAAUGGCGUGAACCCGGGAGGCGGGGCUUGCAGUAAACCGAGAUCGCACCACUGCACUCCAGCCUGGGCGACACAGCAAGUCUCAAAAAAAAAAAAAAAAAAAAAAAAAAAGAUAGAAUCAGAGAGAGUUUUUCCUCUAACCAAACUGCCAAAGUUGGUUUUGGCUAAGAAUUUCCCAAUAAUAUUUACGCUGCUGCUCAUUUUUUGAGUUUUCUGAGACAGGGGUCUCGCUCUGUCACCCAGGCUGGAGUGCAGUGGUGUGAUCACAGAUCACUGCAGCCUCCAACUCCUGGGCUCAAGUGAUCCUCCCACCUCAGCCUCCUAAGUAACUGGGACUAUAUAUGUGCAUCACCACGUCCAGUUAAUUUUUUUUUUUUAAGUAGAGAUGGGGUCUUGCUAUGUUGCCUAUCUGGUCGUGAACUCCUGGCCUCAAGGGAUCCUCUGGCAUGCCUUGGCCUCCCAAAGGGCUGGGAUCACAGGCAAAAGCCACCGUGUGUUUAUUUUUUCCCAUUCCCUUCCUCUACCUGCAAUGCUUUUUUCUUUAAGGCAGCCUAAUUUACAAGCUUGGCCUUGAAUUAAAAGAGAACCCAGAACCUGCUCUUGGAGUUUACGUUCUCAAACCAACAUCAGAGCGACUGUCUAUCCCCAUAUAAAUAAAGUUAUCUACUCCUGCUCCUUA